UGCAACCGCGGGAGCGCCGGGCUCCCCGGAACCCAGACGGCGGCAGGAGCUCGGGCAGCCCCGGGUCGGGGGCGCCAUGAACGGCUCGGGCGGCCCCGGGGCCGAGGACGCGAGGGAGGCGGGCGGCAGGGACGGCUGGCAGCCCGAGGCGGUUAUCGUGCCCAUGCUGUUCGCGCUCAUCUUCUUGGUGGGCACCGUGGGCAACGCCCUGGUGCUGGCGGUGCUGCUGCGCGGCGGCCAGGCGGUCAGCACCACCAACCUGUUCAUCCUCAACCUGGGCGUGGCCGACCUGUGCUUCAUCCUGUGCUGCGUGCCCUUCCAGGCCACCAUCUACACCCUGGACGGCUGGGUGUUCGGCUCGCUGCUCUGCAAGGCCGUGCACUUCCUCAUCUUCCUCACCAUGUACGCCAGCAGCUUCACGCUGGCCGCCGUCUCCCUGGACAGAUACCUGGCCAUCCGCUACCCGCUGCACUCUCGCGAGCUGCGCACGCCUCGAAACGCGCUGGCUGCCAUCGGGCUCAUCUGGGGGCUGUCGCUGCUCUUCUCCGGGCCCUACCUGAGUUACUACCGCCAGUCGCAGCUGGCCAACCUGACUGUGUGCCACCCGGCGUGGAGCGCGCCUCGCCGCCGCGCCAUGGACCUCUGCACCUUCGUCUUCAGCUACCUGCUGCCCAUGCUGGUGCUCGGCCUGACCUACGCGCGCACCCUGCGCUACCUCUGGCGCGCGGUUGACCCGGUGGCCGCGGGCUCCAGCGCCCGGCGCGCCAAGCGCAAGGUGACGCGCAUGAUCAUCAUCGUGGCGGCGCUCUUCUGCCUCUGCUGGAUGCCUCACCACGCGCUUAUCCUCUGCGUGUGGUUCGGCCGCUUCCCGCUUACGCCUGCCACGUACGCGCUGCGCAUCUUCUCGCACCUGGUCUCCUAUGCCAACUCCUGUGUCAACCCCAUCGUCUACGCGCUCGUCUCCAAGCACUUCCGCAAGGGCUUCCGCAAGAUCUGUGCGGGGCUGCUGCGCCGUGCCCCUCGGAGAGCCUCAGGCCGCGUGUGCAUCGCGGCGCAGGGCCCCCGAGGCAGCAGCGUGCUGGAGCGCGAGUCCACCGACCUGACGCACGUGAGCGAGGCGGCCGGGUCCCCCGCCCCUGUGCUGGCGCCUCUCAGCAGCCCAGCCUUGAGCCUGGUGCCCGGCCCGUCCUGGCGGGACCGAAAUGCCCCCAGUGGCAUCCCGACGGUUAAUGCGACCUGA